AUGAGUAAAAAAAGCAAAAUAGAACAAAAAAAUAUGUUGAUAGAAUGUCUACAACAGUAUCCCGAUUUGUGCAGUGGUAAAUUUUCGCUAAGUUUUACCUACAAAACGUCCCAAAAAUAUUGGCUAGAAAUAGCUAAUCAACUGAAUGCCGCAGGUCCGGUGUCGAAAAACUGGAAACAAUGGAGAAAAACCUGGCAAGACAUGAAAAGUAAAGCGAAAGCAAAGGGAUCUGAAGUCAAAAAGCACAGAGGCAUGACAGGAGGAGGAGAGCCCAUUAAAGAGCUUACUGGUGAAGAAGAAAAAAUAUUAAACAUAAUGGGUCCAUCAGCAAUUACUGGACAUCCAAAUGCACCAACUUCUUACAAUACUUACAAUUUGAUUAUCUCAGCUUUGCGUUUUCUGCUUUGCUUGAUCUUUAUCGGUAUUGAUAAACCAUCCGAGGUUGAAGCAGAUAUUAAAGAAGUUACAGGUGGUGUGGUAGAUGUAUGUGCUGUUGUACCUGAAGCUGUUGACGGUUUUUCUAUAGUCAAUGAGUGGUCAAUGUUUUCUUCAGGUUCGAAUACAAUUGCUUCAAAUUGCACAAUUUUAAAAUCGGGAUCUUUUACAGAAUCAUUACUAUCCCCAUAUAAAGAAGAACUAGAAGAGCGAAGUCGUAUCUGA